UGUGAGUCCGGCGCGCGCGCGUCAAUACUUUCAAUAAGUAAUUAGUGAUUAAUAUUAGGAUACAAAUAUGUGGUUGCUAGUUCUCCUGGUGGCCCCUAGCCUGGCGCUGCAGACCCUGGAGCCGCCGCCCCCCGCCCCCGCGUCCCGCCAGACUCCUGUAGAGCGAUGGUUGCCUGUCAGGCUCAAUCAGUUUAUGGCGUCUGAUACCAGGACCUUUCAAAUGCGUUUCUACUACAACGGCGAAUUCGCGGGGAACAACAUAGUAAUAUUUGUGGGUGGAGAGUGGGCCAUCAGUCCGGGCUGGACGACGGGCGGUCUCGGGUACGAGAUGGCGGAGGAGCUGGGCGCGGGCCUGUUCUACACCGAGCACCGAUACUACGGGAGGACCAGGCCUUUUGAAAACACUGAAGUCGAUAAUCUAAAGUUCCUGACAAUUGAUCAAGGUCUGGCUGAUCUCGCGCAGUUCAUCCAGUACGUCAAGAGUGAUGACUUCGAAGAGGGACGGUACAAGAAUGGUAAGGUGGUGCUGGUGGGAUGCUCAUACGCUGGCACGAUGGCGACGUGGAUGAGGCUGGUGUAUCCGCACUUGGUGGACGCUGCUUUCUCCGACAGUGGGCCCCUGCAUGCCCAGGAAGACUUCCCUGAAUAUCUGGAGGUGAUCAACACAGCCAUCAAAGAGCAGGGUAGUGAAGCUUGUCUCUCCAGCAUUGAGGAGGCUAUUAAGGAGGUAGUCGACCUUCUGGCGGAACCAACCGGGCCUGCACAGGUGUCCGAGAUGUUCAAGACCUGUACCACCAUUCAGCCCACUCCCCUGGACAUGGCCACUUUCUUCUGGUACGGCAUCACGGAGACCUUCGCCUACCUGGUCCAGUACGCCACUCCCGGGGACAUUCCCAAAGCCUGUGCUGUCAUCACAGAUCCUGCAGUUUCUAGUCCAGUCCAACGUUUGGCCAACUGGAUCACGUCGCAGCCUUGGACCCAGCCCUGCAUAGAGUCCCGCUACACACAAGUGUUAGCAGACCACAGGAACACCAGCUUCGAUUCUGAUGAUGCCGUCAUGCGUCUGUGGACUUACCAGACAUGUGUCGAGUUCGGUUGGUACCAGACCACCACCAGCGAUAACCAACCCUUCCUCUCUGCUGUCCCUCUGGAGUACUUCCACCAGAUGUGUAAGGACUUCUUUUCUGCCAGUUUCGAUGAGGAAAACCUUCGUCGAGGCAUCAGAAGGACCAAUCUAAUGUUCGGUGGUUUGACGCACAUGCCUGACCGCGUCAUCUCGGUGGCUGGAGGACACGACCCCUGGUCUCCGAUGGGACCCAACGCCUCUCACGGACACAGCAAGUCCCCUGUGAUCGUCGUGCCCGGGGUGUCACAUUGCAGAGCGGUUCAGGCUACUGGCACCAGUAACACCACAGAACUGGAAGCCGCAAAGCAGGCUGUCCUGAACUUCAUGUAUGAGAACGUGGUGGGUCCCCUCCCGCCCGUGGCGGCGGCGGCGACAGGCGUCGGAGCUGAGCUGGUGCUGCUCGUGACGCUGCUUGCUGUACUGGUUUAAGAUUCAACUGUUCAUUAAAUAAGAUUUAUUUAUA